GGUCCUCCUCCGACAUGGGCGCCAUCAUGUGAAAUUCGACAGCAAGCAAGCGUUCAGACUGAUGGUGGGUUGGCUGCCCGCGCAAAAAAGAAAAAUAAAUUGCGGCAUGACUUCAUACGGACGAGACGCGGCGGCGGCUUGGCCCCAGCCCCGUGACUCGAUGCUAGGCUGAAUUGGGCUAGAUGUCAACAAGAACGAGGGCUUGCCGUCUCACCGCCCAAAACACGUCCCAGCCCGUAUCGCAUCGCAUCGGAUACUACCUUAAAGUACCUUCCGCCGCGUCCCCCCAUUUCUCUGUGGCGUUGUCGGCGAUGGUCACCCGUUGAAUGGCCUUCGCACCUUCCCCCAGAACGCUUUUGCCAGUCCCCAAUUCACUGACUCCCGUAUCCCUUGGCGACCAUGGCGUACCCGUACAUCGACACGCCGCGCACCGAAAUUGACGGAAACGCGACUUACCUGACCGGCUAUCGCAGCGUGGGACGACCCAACUUGACGGCCCUCGACUCGGUGGAAAACUCAUUUGCUACGCCAUCCAAGGAUGAUGACGUUCUCAAGGGGUUUGGUGAGGGUCGAAGGCGUACUUCUGGGAGUUUCAAGAUCAACACGCCGCGUGCUGGGUCCGGUCCUAAAUCGACGAGGAGCGCGUUAAAUAGUCGACAUCAACUUCCCACGGCAGCACUUGCAAAAGGCGAAUUCACGCCACUCAUGAGGAGUGCAACGAAGAAUAACUUCUUGAAAAACAUGUCUACGACGCGCGGACCGAAGACCCCGGGGCAUAUAGGGAGGAGUUAUCUGAGCAAUGGCAACACGCCGGGUUUGCCGGCGAUGGAAAUGACCGAUAUUGAUGAGGAGGAUGCAACGGAUGAUCAACCCACCCCUGUCCCGCAGGUUGCAAGCAGCAGUGUGCAGAGUACGCCACUUCCAGGGUUAUCCAGGAGUGGCGGUGUUCUCAACGAGGGCAAUAAUAUGACUUUGAAGGAACAAGAGAAGAUGAUCGAUCAAUUGGACAAGGAUAACUUUGGUCUUAAAUUGAAGAUUCACUUCUUGCAGGAGCAACUCGAGAAAGCCGGCCCCGCCUACAAUCAAGCAGCGCUUAAGGAGAAUACGGAGCUAAAGGUUUCAAAAUUGACGAUGCAACGCGACAUCUCACGCUACAAGAAGAGCCUCCAGCAGGCCGAACGCGACCUCGAAUCCUAUCGCAUACAAUUCCAAGAGCUCAGGGAGAAAACGCGAGGAAGACCGACCGAUGAUACCAUACAGCGGGAGAUGGACUUGAUGCGGGAUGAAAUGGAUGCGAGAGACAAUCAGAUCCGGGAGCUCCAGGAGGAAUUGAGAGACGCCAAGGACAGUCAAUCGCAAAAGAUUGAGAAACUUCGAGACGAAAUCGAAGACCUCGAGGCAUCAGUGAGGGAGCGCGAUCGGUCCCUCGAGGAACGCGACGAGGAGAUCGAGGAGCUGAAGGACCGGGACGGCAAAGAACGCGAUGCACUCACUGAGCUGGAAUCAGAAUUGCAACGUGCGAAGGAACAAAUGGAAGAGCUACAAGAGUCGCUUGAUCAGGCCAAGUCGGACGCAAGAGAAGCGAGGGACGCCGCAGGCCAUGCGAUAAUGGAGAAGGAUCAGGCUCAAAAAGAUCUCCAGGAGUUGCACGAUGAGAUGGCGAACAAGUCUAUCAGUACCAGUGGACUGACUCGUCAGCUAGAAGAAAAAGCCACGAAGCUGGAGGAAGAACUUCGUGAGCUCCAGCAAGAGAACAGUGCGUUGAAGAAAGAUCUCGAGGCACGAUCUCGUGACGAAAGCCGGCUGGAGGAGCGACACCAGGAAUCUCAGCACAAAAUGGAGGAGAGGGAGCGAAAGCUCCUCGACGAUGUUGCCCAAGCACGACGUGAGCGAGAUCUGGCUCGACAGGAAUAUGAGAAGACAUCCGCCCAGUUACAGGAAGCGCUUGAUGAAGUCCAACGCAAAGCCGACGAGAAAGAACUUUUGCAGACCCGGCACCAUGCGCUGACGGAUGAGUCUGGUGGUCUACAGCACGAGCUGGCCAGGGCACAGUCCAAGAUUAAGGAGCUGCAGCAGACAAUCGAGGAAGAAAAGCACCAUGCCCUCGAUAGUGCAAAUACGGUUCGUUCUCACUAUAAGGAAGAGCUCGAGAGACUGCAGGAAGAGAUUGAAUCUCUCCAUCACGAAAUCGAAGACAAGGAGGGCCAAUUCGCUCUCGAGCAAGACAGGUGGGAGAGCACCAGACGUGCCCUACAACUCCAGAAGGACAGAGCGGAAGACCAAGCAGCUGGGUUCAAGCGCACCAUUGAGAAACUUGAACAAGUAGAACAUACUCUGUCAGGCAAGGAGAUGAAAUUACAAGAGGUCAUUGAUAGCGAAAAAACACGACACUUCAACUCGGAGGCUGUUCUAAGCCGGCAGGUCAAAGAAUUGAACGAUGAUCUGACCUCGAAGCGGGAGAUUAUCGAUGAGCAGCGGAAUGAGGUCCUCUCCCUGAAGGAAGAUUUGAGGCUUGUCAGACGCUCCGAAGCGGCUCAGAGAGAAAAAAUCCAGGCUCUGGAGGAUGAGCUGGUCGUCUUACAAUCGAGCUUGGAGGAGGAACAAGAAUACACCAAGGGUCGAACGCAAAAGGGAUCCGCCGAACACGACGGUCAAAUUCAGAAGCUUAUCACGGAGAAGCAGAGACUCCGUGACCAGCUUGCUAAUGCCCAUGUUGAAUUGCACGAUCUACGGACGUCUGCUGCUGAGAUUGAGGCUGAACGUGACGAGCUUCAAGCCCAACUUGAUCAAAUGCAAAACCAAGUUGACGACACGACGCGGUUCGACAAGGAGAAGGUUGAGCUCCGUAAAUCUGCCCUGCGGCUCGAAGGUGAGGUCAGGCGGCUCAAGGACGACAAGUCAUCUCUGCUGGAAGCAAAGGAGACCCUUGAGAAGCAACUCAGCACCGAGAUCGAGCGGGCUACCCUGGAAGAAAAUCGUCUGUCGGCCGAGAUUGAUCAGCUACAAGAUAAACUACAUACAUCUUCAGGUGGAAGAGAUCGCGAGCUGGCAUUGUCCAAGAGCAAGAUUCAACGCCUCGAAAGACGUAUACAGGAGCUCGAAACCCUUCUCCAUCAGCAGCCACAUACCGAGAUCGAGCACUCGACCGCAGAUCUUUCAGUGCUCCGUCAUAGCUUAGACGAGGCGCGGAAGCGCGAGAAGGCGUUGCUUCAGCGCGAAGCCGACCAGAAGUCGUCCGUCCGCACCUCCAAGGCACGGAUCGCCGAACUAGAGAGAGAACUACACGAUGCCAUGAUGACCAAAUACGAAUCCCGCUCCCCCUCAUCAUCCCCCUCUAACAAACUCCAUGAUGAGCUCCGGAGCUUGCGGAAGCAGCUGUCCGACGCACACCGGACGCUACAGGAAGUAAAAUCGAAGAACCGGGAUCUUGAGCGAGCCGCGAUGAGAGAAGAAGAUCAGCGAGACCUUCACGAGCUACUCAAAUCAUCCACCCUUGAGGCGGAAUCCCUGGCACUUAAGGUAUCUGAACGAGAUGCCCGAAUGAGCGAGCUGAAGGCCCAAAUGCGCAGGAUCCGCGACGAGCGUUCAUUCUGUGCAAGGAAGGCUGAGUCAGCACUCAAGGAGCUCGAAGCUCUCCAAGAACGGUAUGAUCAUCUUGUCGAGAAGAUGGGGGCCAGAACAGAGAACAACAAGACCAGGCACGAAAAGGAAAUUCUGGGUCUAGGCAAGGAGAUCAUCUGGCUUCGUGCGCGAAUGAAGCGCGAGGAGAAAUUCCGCCGUGACCUUGCUUGGAGUAAGGGCUUAAUGGAACUGGGCGAGCGUGUCCGAGUUGCUUGCAACGAAGCGGACCUGCGCAUGAUCACCGACAUGGGCGUCAAACCCCGUGAUCGCAACAAGCUCCGCACCCCCCAAGCGAAGCUCAAGACCGCCGUCUCCAUGGUGAAAGCCAUCGUCCGAAUGCAGCGAAUGUCCCAAGAGUGGAAGAAGACCAAGAAACUUGGCGAGGGUCUGAGACGAGCAAAGAAUGAAGUGAUGAAGCGGAGAGACGCUUCGCACAGUAAGAACUGAUCCAUCUAGACUCUUAUAUUGAGCCCUCUCCCUCUCUGGGCUGUUGGAGGCUCCUUUACCUUUCAAUGAUCUUGCAUUUCCUUUUGGGUUUGUUAAGAAGAUUCCCCGGCGUUUUGAUGGAAAGUCUUUGGGCGUUGUCCUCGGGUUGGAUCAGAUGGAGUGUUGGUACUGUACCUACUACUACUUGCUUAUGUAGUCGAGUCAUGGGAGUCUGAUCCCUCACACACACACAUACCUUUAUCCGUGUUAUGGCUUGGAUGGUUAGAUUGAAUGGGUUAAUGAGAUAUGUCUGUGUCUACGUGUUGGCGUUAGUUUUGGUUCUAUUGCUCUGCUGUAUUAGUUCUGUUACGUCAUUCACCUGCAGUAAAGAU